AUGUAUGUAGAUAAUAAGGCAAGUGAUCCUGAUAAGGAAUCUUUAAUGAUAAAUAACCUGUUGUUANCAGAGGAAAAAGAUAGAUUGUCUUGGGACGAAAUCUAUCGACAUCCUUUAUUUAAAGGACACUUUACAGAUUUUAUUAAGAAUGUCAGCAUUUUGGAAGAUAAAGCUACCUAUUUGAUCAAUGAUAUAAGAUAAAUGAUUAUUAAAGAAUAGAUUGAUAUUGGAGAACUAUUUGCAGAACUAGAUAUGACCAAGGAUAAAGCAUUAAAUGUCAAUGAGUUAGGAAAAUUCUUAUAGAGAGUAGAUAAAAAUCUGACCAGAGAAGAGAUUGAGUAUAUUUUCAAUAAAUUUGAUGAUGAUGGUAAUAAUCUAAUAGAGUUUAAUGAAUUCAAAAAGUGGUUGGAAGAAAAUGAUGUAAUCUGUUAAUUAAAAUUAAACAUAGUGUAGAAUGACAGCAUCUGAAGUCAGCAGAACUAAAAAGAAGGUCAGUAUUCUUAUGAAACCACAAUAAGAUAUUCAAGCAGGGUCACUUGAUGAUAGAGUAAGAUCAGUAAUUGAAAAACUCAAAAUAUCAAUUGUCAAAUAUAAUAUUAAUCUUUUGGAUUUGUUUAAUAAGGUAAUUACUCAAAUAAUUUUAGUAUGAUAAAUCGGCUAAUCAUGAAUUAGAUGUGUCAGAAUUAGGAAAACUAUUAAAGAAAAUUGAUCAAACUGUGACAGAUGAAGAAGCUAAAGCCAUCUUUACCUUUUUUGAUCACAAUAAAGAUGGAUCUGUUUCAUUUAAUGAAUUCGAGUUUGUAUUGAAAGAAUGCUUAGUUAAAUAAAAAAUCAAGUAAUGA